AUGGGAGCACUACACCAAGGACAUUUGAAGCUCGUUGAACAAAGCCUCAGAGAGUCGAAUAAGACUGUUGUUUCAAUAUUCGUUAAUCCAGCUCAGUUCGCUCCACACGAAGAUUUGGACACCUAUCCAAGGACACUUGAAGGGGAUCUAAGCCAGCUGAGGCGUUUAUCUAAUGACAUCACCGUGUUCACCCCCUCUACAACUCAAAUGUACCCCACUGGAAUCGAGCAAGAUACACACAAACAGACAGGCGCUUUCAUCGAAAUGGCAAAUCUGUCUGAUAAAAUGGAAGGCAUCUCACGCCCAACUUUCUUCAGAGGCGUCGCAACUGUUGUCACUAAGCUGUUUAAUGUGGUACAGCCUGAUUUAGCUUUUUUCGGACAAAAGGAUAUUCAACAAGCUUUGAUUUUGCGGAGAAUGUGUAAGGAUUUACUGGUACAGUAUCCUACACCGGCAAACUUGAGGAUUUCCCCUACUGCUCGAGAUCCCGUCUCACACCUCGCUCUCUCUUCUCGCAAUGCGUAUUUGAGCGAGGAGCAGAGAUCUCAAGUGGCACCAUUGCUUUACAAAGCUCUACAAGCAGGUAAACAGGCUUAUGAAAGCGGCGUCACCUGUCGCCAGGACAUCCUCCAUGCCACCACCCAACACACCACCCACGCUCAACAGCAAGGUGCAAAGAUGGAUUAUAUACAGCUGAACGACGCGUCUUCUUUUGAAGUGGUCGAUAGCGUGGGCAAUAACGGCGCUAUUCUCUCGGCUGCCAUGUACGUCGGCAACACCCGGCUAAUCGACAAUGUCCUUCUUGGAAUGAGUGUUUGA